GCUGGUCAGCAAGAGACAACUAUGUAGACAAACGUUGACUCAUGUCAGAAAGCCUGCAGGAAAACACACCUGUGCUUUCCUGUAAGAAGAAGACAGUUACGUAACACUCAACACCUGUGCUGACAGCUGACAGGCCUUAUAUGGUUUGGACAGGCGUGGCUUCCUGUCUACUGCAGACUCAGAGGCAGCUAUAACGGAGAGAGACAAUAGUUGCACUUUCACACCUUACAUGUGAGGCUGCAGCUUUACCUGUUAGAUAAUCCAGGUGUGUUCUCAGUGAAGCUCAUCCAGGAGUCAGACGCACCAUGCUGCAGUGGAGAAGACAGGUGGACCGUGUUGGGGAGUGUAACCGGGCAGUGGUGGUGUCGGUGGCUGAGUUUGAUCAUGGGGUGAAUUUGGGGAGAAGAUCUGGAGCAGAGAGAGACGAGAAGAAGCUCCACGGCAUCCUCAGCAGGCUGGGCUUUAAGGUGGACCUGCACAGCGAUCUGAGCAGCGAGGAAAUCUACCAGCUGUUUAAAGAAGAGAGCAGGCGGCCGGUGAAGGAUUGUUUUCUGGCCGUGUUGUCGAGUCACGGCGAGGAAGGCUGCGUGUUCGGGGCUGAUGGGAAGCCCGUCUGGUUGUCUCACAUUUACAGAUAUUUUGAUAAUGAAUGUAUGGAGAAGAAGGCCAAAGUGUUCCUCAUACAGGCAUGUCGAGGCCAUGGUCUGGAUGACGGUGUGGAGGUGGAUUCUGUGGAUUCAGUUUCUACCACAGAGAACAGCUUCGUACAGAAUCUGGCUGUUCCUGUAGAUACGGCCGUGAUGUACGCCACUGCACCAGGCUACGGUGCCUUCCGUAACGCUGCAGGAUCCGUCUUCCUGCAGACUUUCUGCAAAUUAUUAGAGGAAGAAGGAAACCGCAACCUGGAGCUGACUCGCCUCAUGACUCGCCUCUCACAUCAUGUAGCCUACACCUUCGAGUCCAAAGGUCGAGCAUUCGGUGGGAAGAAAGAAAUGCCGUGCCUCGUGACUCGCCUGACCAGAGAGGUGUUCCCGUUUGCAGAGCCGGGGAAAGACGGCGAGUCUGCAGAGUCUGCAGAGGCGCUGUCAGCCACGACGCUGCUCGGGCCUGAACAUGUCAGGAAACGAUCCAUCAGUUAGACUGUGUGUGUGUGUGUGUGUGUGUGUGUGUGUGUGUGUGUGUGUGUGUGUGUUAGAGGAGGUCGACCAGACGCUGCAAACAGCUGAUCUCUGCAAACUUUUCCACUCACAGAACUGAGAAACCUGUUUGAAGUCAUCGUCAUGGAAACAUCUGCUGAGAUAAUCUGAACAUACUGUACUGGUGACUAAUAACUAGUUACAAACUGGUGAUUAACUAAAACAGGUUUGCACCAUUAAAGCCUCACACUUCUACAUCCUGCACAGUUCCAGCUCUAUAUUAAUAUUCUGUGUCUCUACUGGAAUAUCUUUACAUGAUUUCCAGUUAAAAACAGGCUGUUUACCUCCUUGACUUCUGACUUUUGACUUGAACAACUGUUGCAAUAGACUGGUGCUGUGGAGAUUAAUGUGAUAUUUAAAUGUUGAAUGUAAAACUUUAUUUAUGUGUUUGUAUAUAAUAAUAAUAAUAAUAAUAAUGAACUUUAAU